AUGUGGACAACCACCUCAGGCUUGCGGGGCAAGCGCCUCCACAUCGCCAUCACCUUCACGUCCGUUGUGGGCUUCUCGCUCUUCGGUUAUGAUCAGGGUCUUAUGUCUGGCAGUUCCGCCUCGUACUCUCAGCAUGUCUCCGUCCUCCGUGGUGCCGUGACUGCCUGUUAUGAGCUUGGUUGUUUCUUUGGUGCCGUCUUCACUCUCAUGUUCGGUGAGCGCAUUGGUCGCACUCCGCUCCUCGUGACUGGUGGUAUUCUCAUGAUUAUUGGUACUGUCAUUUCUACCGCCGCUUUCGGCCCCCAGUGGGGUCUUGGCCAAUUCGUUGUCGGUCGGGUUAUCUCUGGUCUUGGAAACGGCAUGGAUACUGCGACCAUCCCUGUUUGGCAGUCCGAGUGCUCUCGCGCGCACAACCGUGGUUUCCUCGUCUGCUUUGAGGGUGCCAUUAUCGCCGUUGGUACUUUUAUUGCCUACUGGAUCGAUUUCGGCCUCUCCUACGUGGACAGCUCCGUCCAGUGGCGAUUCCCUGUUGCAUUCCAGAUUCUUUUCGCCGUCAUGGUCAGCGCUGGCGCUCUAAUGCUACCUGAGUCCCCUCGUUGGUUCGUCAUGCAGGGCAAGGACCAGGAAGCUCUGGAGGUUCUAGCCGCUCUCAACGACAGCACCGUCGACGCCGAGGAUGUUCUUACCGACUUCAACCUCAUGAAGGCUGAUCUGAAGGCCACCGAGGGUGCCAAGGCGGACUGGAAGACCCUCUUCACCUUCGGCAAGACACAGGAAUUCCAGCGUAUGAUGAUUGGUUGCUCUGGCCAAUUCUUCCAGCAGUUCACUGGUUGCAACGCUGCGAUCUACUACUCCACCCUGCUGUUCGAGCAAAACCUGCACAUGGAGCACCGUCUUUCCCUAAUUCUGGGUGGUGUCUUUGCUACCGUCUACGCUAUCGCGACCAUCCCCUCCUUCUUCAUGAUUGAGAAGGUUGGCCGCCGCAAGCUGUUCCUGAUCGGUUUCGCUGGUCAGGGUCUGUCGUUCAUCAUCACCAUGGCUUGCCUGAUCAAUGACAACGAGCAGAAUGCCAAGGGCGCCGUCGUCGGUAUCUUCCUGUUCAUCUGCUUCUUCGCAUUCACCACGCUGCCUCUGCCCUGGAUCUACCCUCCCGAGAUCAACCCUCUGCGCACUCGUACCAUGGCUGCCGCCGCGUCCACGUGCACCAACUGGAUCACCAACUUCGCUGUGGUCAUGUUUACUCCCGUCUUCUCCGAUGCUUCUGGCUGGGGUAUCUACCUUUUCUUCGCGCUGGUUAACUUCAUUGCCAUUCCCUUCGCCUGGUUCUACUACCCGGAGACCGCCGGUCGUGAUCUGGAGGAGGUUGAUCUGAUCUUCGCCAAGGCCCACAUCGAGAAGAAGUGGCCCUACCAGAUCGCCAACACCUUGCCCAAGCUCACCGUUCAGCAGAUCGCUGAGAUGCAGCGUGAGGUUGGUCUGGAUGUCUCUGCCCACCAGCACGCUUCCGAGAGCGAGAAGGUCGAGAUGGCCAUGUCCAGUGGCAACUCGAGCGAUGAGAAGCACGAGUAA